GUGAUCGAUCCGUGAAAACAGUUCGCUUCCUAGUUAUAAUAUUAUCACCUGAUAUUGCCAGAACGAACAAAGUACCAGUAUUUUCACAACGCAGUAAUAAGGUAACUAUGACAUUAAUCGAUUUGCACCAAAGUGCUUGACUAGACGUAUUAAUCCGUUUGUACGAUGGAGAAACGACAGAAGCAUCCGGAAAAUAUUGGCAUUCUGAUGGCCCUUGCCAGCGCCGAAGUCCUGUUGGCAGCUGCGGAAUUCGCCGUAAAUCUCUACAACCUGUUCUAUGGACUGCUGUUCGAAGGCAAAAGAUUUCCGAUGCUGCAGACACUGGCCUUUAUCGUUUCCACCCCGCUGUACGGGCUGCAGUUAGUUUGCGGUGGUUGCUGCAUUGUGGCGUGCGUCCGAGUGUUGUGUGGUCACCGCAACGCAGCAUUCUUUGGUGGACGUUUCCGAGAGUGCAAUCUGUGCGUUUUCACCGCCUGCGCGAUAUACCUGCUGGUCAUGCUGUUCACCUGGUUCAUCGUGGUCGGGGAGCUGGCUAACCCAUUCAUCGCCCAGUUUGGCGUGUGGGGCGGAGUCCACCAAGCUUUCCAGGCCGACGUCAUCGGACAUCUGGGCAUGCUGGGAUCGGUUCUGGUGCUAGGCGCUAGCAUGGUGGUUGUGCUCUUUGUGAUGUGGCUAACCGAUUCCGUCUGGAACAGCCUGAAGGCCACGAAGGAAGAGAAAACGCUGCUGGCCCAUGCGAAAGAACCAAACAGUCCACCCCCGUCGUAUAAUCAAGUCAACACGAAUACGGAGAUCACGGUUUAAGAACACAGCGUCAAAUAUGACCCUUAUCGGGAGGCAUGGAUCCGAGUGGGUGUGCAAUUAAUGACCAUUAACAGGACAAAAUGCGCGCACCCGGCAAAAUGCGCGUUCAUAGUAUGCAGCUCUUUAGAAUCAAAAAUACGAGUAUUUGUUCGAUACCUGCUAUCUGCUUUAGUGCGCUGUUUUCCAUGAUGCGUCUUCCACCACAAGCUUGGUCCUACAUAUACCGUAAGAAGCUUGUUUGGAUGCGUUGUGUGUUUCGAUGCCCUCAUUUAAGGGUACCUUUUCUGCUUGGGUUCCAGCGAAACCCAUUUAUCAACCGUUGUUCAUGGUUCCUUUCAUGUUAAAUAUCUGUAUGUGAUACGGACAAAAUUUAAUUUUGGUGCUGCUCUUUUUUUAACCGCUUUUUGUCGACACUUUUUCUGUUCUGUGUGAAUUUGGAUGAUACGGUAU